GUCUUCAAUCAGGUCAAAACUCGUUCGUCAGAUGAACAUGACAACAUGCUGACAAUCCUCACUGAAGUAGGGAUGGCUUUAUCUCUCACUGGAGUGUGCCCUUGUAGAGACAGACAUUCACCAUUGUGUCGCAUAUGGGUUAGUCUGACUUCCUGCAUUGGAGCUGGACAUAUCAUCUUUUUUGCUGGAAUAGAUGCCACGGAAAACAAGGCUGCAUGUGUAGCUGUGGCAGCUCUUCUGCAGUAUUUCCUUAUGGCUUCCUUUUGUUGGAUGCUUGUCGACGGCAUUUAUAUCUACUUAUUUGUUGUAAAGGUGUACAGCAUCACCGAUAAAAUCUAUUAUUAUCAUGGCUUUUGCUGGGGUAAGAAGCACUACCAAUAA